AUGGCUGAAGAAAUAGUAGCUGGUAUCACUACUGUAACGAAUGGGGAAUUUAUUGAAAAACCUAGAAGAAUGGAGAGGCGACGGAGCCACAACGGGCGGAAUGCAUUGGAUGAACCAGAACUAACGCAAUAUAGUCUAGCUCAAAUGACUACAAAAUCCAUUAGAACAGGGAGGGGAAAAAGAGAAGUGACCGCACAAGAACCAGAACCUUUUGAAAGAGAAGUGACCCCACAAGAACCAGAACCGUUUGAAAGAGAAGUGACCCCACAAGAACCAGAACCGUUUGAAAGAGAAGUGACCCCACAAGAACCAGAACCAUUUGAAAAUGAUGCAUCUUCCACGCAAACUUUAAGUCUUGAAUUAGAUGAAAAUCUUCCGAUAACUUCUCCUGAGACAGUAAUUCAUGAUGACGACGAGAGAUUCAUAUUGAGUACUACUUCACAAUCAGAGGCGGUGCCAGGUGAAAGCUCAAGAACAAGUGCUAAUGCGGAGUUUGUGGCAGACGUAGCGAUUACGACUUUUGCAAGCUCGACAUCAGUCCAGCUUUCUACCGAAACGGAAGUCGAUCCAUCUUCAAGUGCCGCAUCAGCGGUUUCACAAGACAGCGACACUGCAUCAACAGUUGAUCUAACAACUGAAGAAGAAAAAGAAGUAGUUGCAACUAUGGAUUCCAAUAGCUCGACUUCUACUAAGAAGAUUUAUGCAGGAGAUGUUUUGGCCGACAUAGUAAUACCCGCAAACGCUCUGCAGAACGAAAAUGCUCUAGAAACUGCAACACACUCCUUCAAGUCAUCAAUGACCUACGACAUACUGCUUCUUGUUCCGUUGGCAGUAGUGUGUAUUCUGUUUGUAAUAAUCGCCAUAGUCUGUUUCAUGAGACAUGAGAAAAAUCAUAGGAAAAAGCGAGAGAAACGGAUAGAAGAGAUGAUGAAACGAGAAGCCGAAGCAGAAGAAGAAGAAGCGUUUGACGUGUUUAGGGAACUAGAACACCAAAAAAAUGGGCCUCAUGCGAGACAAACACUUCCAAGUACUGCGCACUGUGAAAGCAAAAAUAUCCAAAAUAAAAAAUUUAAGGCAGAAGUCGAAAAGAAACCUAUUUAUCAUGCAUCGGAGGCCACGGGGCAGAAAGACGUAACCUUUGAUUUUCAGAGUUGCGAAAAACAGCCUCCAGGUGACAAUUAUACCGGGGAUUUAUAUUUUGAAGUAGUUGCAGCUCAUACUUGA